UUCCCGUCUUCCCUUUCCGGUCGUCGCGCUCUGCCUGGCAAGGUCGCGAAGGAAGGAGACUGCGGUGCUGCGGCCGUUUCUCCCGCCUGCCCGCUCUGCGUCCCCCGCGGAGCUCCCAGCGGCGCCAUGUUGGGCCAGAGUGUGCGGAGGUUCACCACGUCCGUGGUCCGCCGCAGCCACUAUGAGGAAGGCCCGGGGAAGAAUUUACCAUUUUCGGUGGAAAACAAGUGGCGGUUACUGGCUAUGAUGACCGUGUACUUUGGAUCUGGAUUUGCCGCUCCUUUCUUUAUUGUAAGGCACCAGCUACUUAAAAAAUAAGGAUAUUUAAUUCAUCCCUUUAACAGAAUGAAGAUUGUUUAAGAGAUGUGAUCUGAAAAUUGGAUUAAACUCUUAAACUCUUACUAAAUAAAAUUGUAAAUAAACUAGUGACAAAUA